UCAGCAUGUGGCGUCAGUGGCGCUAUUGGUCCGAAAGUCAGAGCAGGAAAUGCGCCCUGAUCAUCUGACACGCCGUCACGAAACAUCAUCUGAUCUCCUCCGUGCAGCAACAUGGCUUCUUUCUCCGGAAUCUGCGGAGGCUUCCUGGCGCUGGCUCUGCUCCUUCUGUCCUCUAUCCCCGGUGCCGAGGCGCUGGACGCCGGAGACGCCCUGGCUAUCCUACUGGGCAUGGCGAUCACGGUGGUGGGCUUCUGCGCUUGCUUGGGCUGGUACGCCCGGUCGAGGAGCGGAGGCUUGUGAGGCCUGUGGGUAUUUUCUGCGGAGAUCCUGCGUGCUGCAGGUAGCCCGUGCGAUGCGGGGACGCUCGAUCACAUGCAGUGAUCAGAUGCAAUGACUGAACUCUCUUCGCCCGCACAUCUACGGGGAUCAGAAGGGGACCCGUGCGAUCGCUCUCAAACCACACAAAUCUACGAUUUUUUUUUCCCGAAUUGAAAACGAAAAUGCUUCUCGUCGGGGGAGAAAAAGGAUUUUUCCUCAUUUGAGCAGACAUUGACGCGGCGGCUUGGAGGGGCGUUGUGCUUCAGAAGUGCAGAUGUUCAUGAACUUUGCUUAUACUAAACGUAAUGACGAAUGUAUUUUCCUGACUACACUUGAUUUUCUGUGCUAUUUCUCGCUUCCUCUUUACCUGGCUCCUCCUUCCUUCUUUCUGAAACAUGACCAUCUAUGCAUGUGAACUUUUUAUUUUCAAUGUAACACUUUUCUGUAAGUUAUUACCCAAGACUGGUGUUCUGCAUCUUACCAAGUGGUCAUUUCUGGUGUGACAUGUCUUGAAGUGCGCUGAACAGCCCUCAAUAUUCCCGUUAAGCACAUUUUUAUUAUAAGGAGACUGAAACUUUUCAGCCUGAUUUGGACUGUGGUUUUCAUUAAUUUCAUCAAUCUGUUAUCAUAAGACCACAAGAAGUACUCGUAAGAAAAUGGUUUGUGUAAAGUAAUGUGCCUUGAAUGAAUUUAAUAAUUUGUCGUUUGAUGGACCGUAUUGCUAGACCCUUUUAUAUAGUGGAAGACGUAAUAAUGGCCAUUAGGUGUGUAAGACGAUUAUAUUCCAUUGCAUUUGUAUUUAAGCGGGUGAAAACUAAUUUGAGUUCAUGUCCCAGGGAUUCUGUCUAUACUCUGAAUUAAUCGAUCUAGGUCUAUACGUAUUAAGUUUCAGAUAAUGUUAUGAAGUUAUCUUUGUAAUUUGUCAGACUACAUAAUCGUGUUCAUAAUCUUUUUUUUCUUUUAUAUUUCAAUGUAAUUCUCUUAACGCUGCAUUUGCCUAUGCCAGCCCUUAACCAAGCAGUCCGCAUUUUCUAAGUUACAGACACUGUUAUUGUUCCUCAGAAUAUUUGAUUAAAGUCCCUUUCAUCGA